AUAAGGAUCCGCUCAGUCAGUAAAGCGCAGGUCAAACAUCAACACACACUCUCACACACUCACACACACACACUCACUCACACACUCACUCACUCACCCACUCACACACACUUAAUCACGUUCACCCUGCAACACCGAGAUAUGGACUCGGACGAGGGCUACAACUACGAGUUCGACGACGAAGAGGAGGAGGAAGAAGACGAGGAGGAGUGCAGCGAGGACAGCGGGGAAGAGGAGGCCGAGGACGAGGAGCUGGGCGAGGUGGAGCUGCUGGACCCGGCCGUGGCUGGAGGAGAAGCCGACGACUGCGCUGACACCGGCGGCGGCGGCGGCGGAGGAGGAGGCCUGGGGCCCGGCCAGGAGGAGGAGGACUACCGCUUCGAGGUGCUGACCACCGAGCAGAUCCUCCAGCACAUGGUGGAGUGCAUCCGGGAGGUCAACGAGGUCAUACAGAACCCAGCCACGAUAACCAGAAUACUCCUCAGUCACUUCAACUGGGACAAAGAGAAGCUUAUGGAGAGGUACUUCGACGGAAACCUGGACAAGUUGUUUUCAGAGUGCCACGUCAUUAACCCCAGUAAAAAACCCAAAACACGACCAAUGAGCACACGCUCCUCCAGUCAGGAUAUGCCCUGCCAGAUCUGCUAUCUCAACUAUCCAAACUCGUAUUUCACAGGUCUUGAAUGUGGGCACAAGUUCUGCAUGCAGUGCUGGGGUGACUAUUUAACCACCAAAAUCAUCGAGGAAGGGAUGGGACAGACCAUCUCGUGUCCUGCUCACAGCUGUGACAUUUUGGUUGACGAUAACACUGUAAUGCGUCUGAUCACAGAUUCUAAAGUGAAGUUGAAGUAUCAGCAUUUAAUCACAAAUAGUUUCGUAGAGUGUAACAGACUGUUGAAAUGGUGUCCAGCUCCUGACUGCCACCAUGUGGUCAAAGUUCAGUAUCCUGAUGCCAAACCUGUUCGCUGCAAAUGCGGGAGACAGUUCUGUUUCAAUUGUGGAGAGAACUGGCAUGACCCUGUUAAAUGCAAGUGGUUGAGGAAGUGGAUAAAGAAAUGCGAUGAUGACAGUGAAACAUCCAACUGGAUUGCAGCAAAUACCAAGGAAUGUCCCAAAUGUCAUGUGACCAUUGAAAAAGACGGUGGCUGUAAUCACAUGGUGUGUCGAAACCAGAAUUGUAAAGCAGAGUUCUGCUGGGUUUGUCUCGGCCCUUGGGAACCUCACGGCUCUGCUUGGUACAACUGCAAUCGCUACAAUGAAGAUGAUGCAAAGGCAGCCCGAGAUGCUCAAGAGCGAUCCCGUGCCGCCCUGCAGCGCUACCUCUUCUACUGCAACCGCUACAUGAACCACAUGCAGAGUCUGCGCUUCGAGCACAAGUUGUACGCGCAGGUCAAGCAGAAGAUGGAGGAGAUGCAGCAGCACAACAUGUCGUGGAUCGAGGUGCAGUUCCUGAAGAAGGCCGUGGAUGUGCUGUGCCAGUGUCGCUCCACGCUCAUGUUCACAUACGUCUUUGCCUUCUACCUCAAAAAGAACAACCAGUCCAUCAUUUUCGAGAACAAUCAGGCUGAUUUGGAGAACGCUACAGAGGUGCUCUCGGGGUAUCUAGAGAGAGAUAUCUCCCAGGAUUCUUUGCAAGAUAUCAAACAGAAAGUUCAAGAUAAGUAUAGAUACUGUGAGAGCCGGCGACGAGUGCUGCUGCAGCACGUUCACGAGGGCUACGAGAAAGACUUGUGGGAGUACAUCGAAGACUGAGCAGAAGAGAGCGCUCCGGCCAGCACCGCAGCCCCUCUCCAUGUUGCAUCCUUUUUUACGUGGCAUCUGGAUUUUCGUUAUUAUUUAGAGUUUAAGUUAAUUUUACUGAAAUAAAAAGGUAGAAUAUUCAAAUAAAACUCCUACGUCAGUAUUGCAGUCUGUAAGAGUUGAUUGUCAAAACGGCACGGAAAUGUAUUCCAUUCUCCAAGCUUUCUGCAGGAGAUUCUUCAGUAGGUUUUUUUUAUUUUCUUGUUAUUAUAAUUAUUUUAUUUUUAAUGCUUUUUGUCAUUUCGUCUGAAGUUGUUUUAUAGUUGGAGUUGAGAUUGGCUUGUGUUAAGCAUCGCUUUACAGGUCUGAGCCGUGCGGAGUGUGUUGUGUUUUAGGGAACGCUCGGUUGGGUGGCUUUAUGCAGAAGUGUGUAUUUCAAGCUGUAAAUAGCACACAUGCAUGGAACAUGGAGUGGGAUGCAUCUUUUUUUUUUUUUUUGUUUUUUUUUUUUUCUUUUUUGGAAAAAUAUUUAUUCUUUACAGAUAUUCAAGAAUGUGUUUAAACAACAUGAGAAGAGGCCACGUGACAUUUUUGCCUCGUGUUUUUUUUUUUUUUGCAUUUUUAAUUUCUUUUGCCGGAGGUUAACGACCUUUCCAGAACGUUGCACACCAGAAUCAGAGGCAUAGUAACAGCAGGGUAACGGUAGCCUUAAUUACGUGCAUAUACACGUAUAAAAAGUAGAUUAAAAAAGGAUAAAAAGUAGAAUUGCACGAAUCUCACACACAAAUAUCUGGGUCAUUUUUCACCCCAAAAUUAAAAAAAAUCUUUUCCAUAAACAAUGUGCCUAUUUUUACAACCAAUUGGAUCGUUUGCAACAAUUAAAUGCAUCAAAAUUCACCAAUCUAAUUUAAAUUCUAAUUACCGAAAUUAUUUAAUUUAGUUAUUUUUAGUAAAACGAUCUCAUAAAAAAUUGAAUGUAUUGUGUAUAUUUAUGCAUAUAUAAAUACAUGGUGUAUAUUUAAAAAAAAUAAUUUUGUUUAUACAUUUAUAUAUUCAUAUUUUUAUAUUUUAUAUAAAUAUAUUUAAUAUAUAAACAUGAAUUUUCCUUAAAUAUAUACAUGCACGUUUGUUUAUAUAUAAUAAAUAUACACACUAUGCACACAAACUUUUCACAAUAUUUCAGAUGCAGUCAAUCACGAUUAACCGUUUGCCAGCAAUUAAGUGCGAACUCGAUCAUUUUUUUUUUUUCUUCAUUCAGAUAUAAUUGGUUAAUUUUGGAGGUGACGCACGACCCGGAAAACGCUCUCGACCGUUUACACGAGAUCCGACCCGAUUGCUCUCGCCGUCAAACCCGCGGAAGUGGACAUUUUAGGUGUUUGGUCUGAGCCGAGAUCGACUGGAAGAUCCCACGCGCUUGUUUUUACGAACCAUCUCAUCUCAGCCGACGUUUGUCCGAGCGUUUUAUCUCUUCGCGACAGCUGUUACAGCGAACACACUACCAGAUGUUCCCUGAGAGCAAACUUGAGUGACAUUCACUCACUAACAACUAAAGUCUCAAAUGCUUUAACCUGUUUUUCUUUCUUUAUUUUUAAAUGUAUGCACCUUUUUGUAGCGCGAGAGGAGGCCGAUGAUCUGUGGAAAGCGCUGUUGUAUUUCUUCACGUGACUGUCAAGUGGUCACGAGGCUUGCCGGUACAGACCGUCGAGCAGAAAAGUGCGGAGAAGUUGGCCUUUCUGUUAAACUAAUAGGGCGAAUGCGAGCGCUGUGUUUACACUAAUAUCACAAACGGCGAGAGAGCUCGAGCUCAGCACAGUAUGUGAACACCCGUUGUUAUUAUUAUUAUAAUUUUUCUCCGUUUUUCCUUUCUGUAGGUCAUUUCUUCACCCCGUUCGAUUGCAUGGUAGUCGUUCGCGGUGCAUCAAACGCCUCUAGUAGUUUACAGCAGCUUCUACUAAUUCUUUUGUCACAUUUUAUGGCCUCCAUGAUUGGCACUUGGAGUUUUUUGCGCUCAUGUUUUAUUAAUCCCUCACUGGAAAAGGAAAAAAAAAAAACAACCACUGAGAAAGGGCAGCGUCGCCUGUGCUGACAGAUGAGAUUUCUUUUCUUUUUUUCACCAAAGCGUGAAUAUAUGAAUUAAAAGUGAACGGUCUCUGAUUCAGAGACAUGUUCAUCUACGGUGGCUUUCCUGUGUUAUAACCAUUCUUAUAAAAAUGUCCUAUUUAAAUAAAUCUCAUUCAAAAGCG